AAUAAUUUAUUUUUUUUAAGUUUGGCUGAUAUAUUUUCUGUAUAUCCGCAAAUAUUUAAUGAAUUAAUUGCAGAUCAAGAACAUUUUGCUCAAAUAUAUUUACCAAGUGAUAUCGAAUGGCAGGAUAAAAUGUAUUAUAUGUUACUGGAAGUACAAAAAAAUGUAAACGAGGCUCUGGAAAGUGGCAAGAAUUAUGAAGAUGUAAUUCGGCAAAAGGAGAAACCAGUUUUUGAUUCAACUCAUAUUCAAAGAUUUUCGCCAGCAACUAGUCCUUCUAACUGUACAGCUAGUGAAUUAAAAAAAUGUGGAAGAAUUCGUAUAAAAAGCAAUAAGAAAGUAAAUGUAUGUUGGACUUUAGAUAAUAUAUGCAAAGCAGCCCAGCUUCUAAAAAAACCACCCGAAAAUGUAAUUUUUACGAAUGAACACGACAUGAGAAAGGUCUAUUCUUUAGUAUACGAUGUUUUUAGAUUUUCAAGUCUUCUGGCGCCAGCUGACAUCGAGGGACCUAAUAUUGUAAGUUGA